AGAGAAGAAAAAGGACCCCAAAUAAAACACAGUGCCUCAAAUGAAAACAUUAUCAUAAAAACCACAUAUAGUACUAAACGAGACGUGGGCACAUAGUUGCCUAUCAUUGAGCAUUUCUUUCAUACACACCACAUCCACACACCUUAUUAUUAAAGAUAAUAUUUCCAUUCUACUAUGUUUUAGUAAAAUCUUGCAAUCACAUUUCAUACCACAAACACAUUUCAUAGUUCAUACCAUAACUCAACAUAGUAUAGUAAUGGCACAAACUAUGUUACUCAUGUCUAGUGUCUCUAGUACUUAUUCCGUGGAAUUGAAGAAAGAUCCUUUGCUUCAAUUACAGUGCCAAAGAUUGAGGCCUAGAAUCUCUGAUGUUUCAUUCAACCCACUUUCUUCAAAUUCUAAGCGUUUAUCAUCUCGUACAUUCACAACUCUUGCUCUAUUCAAAUCAAAAACCAAAGCCCCUGCUAAGGUUGUAAAGCCAAAACCAAAGGUUGAAGAUGGUAUCUUUGGAACUUCUGGAGGAUUUGGUUUCACUAAGCAGAAUGAACUAUUUGUGGGUCGUGUUGCUAUGAUUGGUUUUGCAGCAUCAAUAUUGGGUGAAGCAUUAACUGGCAAAGGAAUUCUAGCACAAUUGAAUUUGGAAACUGGAAUUCCAAUUUAUGAAGCAGAGCCACUUCUCCUUUUUUUCAUUAUCUUCACUCUUCUAGGAGCCAUUGGAGCUCUUGGUGACCGUGGUAAAUUUGUUGAUGAUGAACCAACUACUGGUGGUGUUAUUCCUCCUGGAAAAGGCUUUAGAGCUGCUCUUGGUCUCAGAGAAGGAGGUCCUUUAUUUGGAUUCACAAAAUCCAAUGAAUUGUUUGUUGGAAGAUUGGCUCAAUUGGGUUUUGUUUUCUCAUUGAUUGGAGAAAUUAUUACUGGGAAGGGAGCUCUAGCUCAGCUCAACAUUGAAACUGGGGUACCAAUUACUGAAAUUGAACCACUAGUCUUGUUCAAUGUUAUUUUCUUCUUCGUUGCUGCUUUGAAUCCUGGAACUGGAACAUUUGUAAAAGAUGAAGACGAAGAUUAGAUUAGACAUUAAUUAAUUAAUUAAUUAAACACUUUGUUUGUACUUCAACAAAAACUUGUACGUUUUGUUCAUCUAUCAUUAAUGCAUUGAGUUUCUUCUAAA